AUGGAGGUAAUUAGAGGUAUAUUCGGAUUUAAUAACAAAAUAACAUUUAGUGAAAAUAAACCAGUGUUAAAAAAUGUAAAAGAUUUACAAAACUUAAAAGUGAAAAAUGUAAAGGCAGAGGAUUAUCCAACACCACAAAAAUAUAUAGAAAACCCAGAUCAAAUUCCUAAAUAUUAUGCAUUUCAAUCAAAUAUGGUUACUGAUGAAGAUCUUCAACCUGGAAUGUUAAGGCAAUUGGAAGUCGAUAAAAGACUAACCUUACCUACAAGAACUCAUAUAUCUUUUUUAAUUACGGCGACAGAUGUUAUACAUUCUUGGUCUAUACCAAGUUUAGGUAUCAAAGCUGAUGCUAUACCUGGUAGAUUACAUAAAGUAACAACUUUUAUAUUAAGAGAAGGUGUAUAUUAUGGUCAAUGCUCAGAAAUGUGUGGAACUUUACAUGGAUUCAUGCCUAUUGUUAUUGAAGCGGUUUCUCCUGAGGCAUAUGCUGCACAUGCAAAAAAAUAUUACAGAGAAUAA